CUGCGUCUAGUCGAUAGUCGUUCCCUUCGUUCCCCACAUCUCGUCCUGUACGCAAGUCGAUCGAAUACCAUCUCAGCUUGGAUCUCGUAUUCUUCAUCCUGAGGAUGAUCGCUACCGAAGCAGGCUUUGAUUCUUUACAGAAUGACUACGAGGAACUGCAAAUGCAGAUGACAAAGAAGACGUUGAAGCGUGUCAUAUCACUAGCUGAAACCUUCAUUGCCAUUGCAACCGGCAUCCUCGCGGCUGCUUUCUCGUCAGGCAAAGAUGUCCAUCUGCACCGGCACGUCCUGGCUGCCGGCGGCUGCUUUCUGGUCGCGACAUACCUGUCCGCUCUCCUGCUGAUCUACACGAAGCUGUUCUUGUCAGAUUGCAGGCGGCUGCAUGGAUGGCACGUCUGGUCCCUGCAGCUUUUGUGCGUGAUCAGCGGUGCGUCGCUUGUCGCAACGAACUCCCUGCUUCUGGUCCUCAUCGGCGAGGGCAAUGGCUUGCUGUCGCUCAACCUGCUGCCCGUCCAGGGCAUCAUCGGCGUGCUGGCGUACCACGCGACGCCGACGGAGGACAGCGCGCGCGACGAGGCGUUCGAGGCGCAGGUCAAGAGCGCCCGCAAGGUCGCCCUCUUCGCCGCCGCCACGGCCUUCGCCGUGCAGACCACGCUCGUCUUUGGCUCCUUCAGCAAUGCCACUUUACAGGCGAUGGGCGGCCGCCGGCUCGACCUCUCGGUGUCCUUCCUCGCGUCGGCGCUCAGCGUGUUCUUGGUCGUGGCGACAUGCAUGCCGCUGGGAUUCAGGAACCAGGGCGCACGGGACAAGGUUCUCUCCAUCGUGAGGUACCUGAAGCACGGCGUCAUGGCCGUGCUCGCGGUCACCGCGGUGACUCUCGGCCAGGAGUUCCUCGGUGGCGCCGCCGCGCUCGCUCUGUUCCCGGAGAUCACCGUGGCCGCCAUGUACUACGCCGUGAACCUACCCGCCGAUGAGCCGGCCGCGUUGGACGCCGCGGACCGCAAGAUGGAGGUGCUACCGACCGUCGUCGUGGCGACGUUCGGCUUCGGUAUGCUAGGGGCGGCGUACGCGGCGCUGUUCGGCACGCCGGAGUACGAUGUGUACGCCAAGGCCCUGGCGUUCACCCUGCUCACCGCCGUCGUUUCCAGCUUGGGCCGCGUGGCGGGGCCGCUCUGCGACGCCGGACGAGACAAGAGCUCGGCGGCGUGGGUGGCAUUCCUCAGCAACAUCCUCCCCAUCGUGGAGAUGCUGGUCGCCGUCCCGCUCGCCGCCAAGGUAAUGGUUGAUUUUCUCGCCGUGCCUGGUAACGGUUGAUUCCUCCUCUCCCCGAGCACUAGCAACUGAUGAUGUCUUCUUGAUCACUUGUCCAAUUCUUGAACACGGUACGUGCGAUACGCAAUGACGAAUGCUGUUGUUGUACUUUGCUAACUUGUAACUGCUGUAACAAUAUCCUGUACUCCUGUACGUAUCGUAUAGUGGUGGACCUGACUCAAUAGCACAUAAGUAGCACUAGUAUUUUUGUGAUUUUGUCUGAACGUAUUCCGGAAUUAUCAAAUGGGUGCAGCGGCACGGAGGUGU